GCGCUGCGCCGCACUCCGCGCCCGCCUCUUCCCCGCCGCCCGCUGGUCCCGUCCCCGUCCCGUCCCAUCCCUCUCCGCCCCUCUCCGCCCGGCCCCUCGUGGCGCUGCCAUGCCGUUCCUGGGGCAGGACUGGCGGUCCCCGGGGCAGAGCUGGGUGAAGACGGCCGACGGCUGGAAGCGCUUCCUGGACGAAAGGAGCGGCGGCUUCGUGAGCGACCUCAGCGGUUACUGCAGCAAGGAGGUGUACAAUAAGGAGAACCUUUUCAAUAGCCUGAAUUAUGAUGUCGCGGCCAAGAAGAGAAAGAAGGACAUACUAAAUAGCAAAACCAAAACUCAAUAUUUCCACCAAGAAAAAUGGAUCUAUGUUCACAAAGGAAGUACUAAAGAGCGCCAUGGCUAUUGCACACUGGGGGAAGCUUUCAACAGACUGGACUUCUCCACUGCCAUUCUGGACUCCAGAAGGUUCAGCUACGUCGUCCGGCUGUUGGAACUGAUAGCAAAGUCACAGCUCACAUCCCUGAGUGGCAUCGCCCAGAAGAACUUCAUGAACAUCUUGGAAAAAGUGGUUCUGAAAGUGCUUGAAGACCAGCAAAACAUCAGACUGAUCCGAGAACUGCUGCAGACCCUCUACACAUCCUUGUGUAUGCUGGUCCAGAGGGUUGGCAAGUCCGUGCUGGUGGGCAACAUCAACAUGUGGGUGUAUCGGAUGGAGACGAUCCUGCACUGGCAGCAGCAGCUGAACAACAUCCAGAUCACCAGGCCUGCCUUCAGAGGCCUCACCUUCACCGACCUGCCCCUGUGCUUGCAACUGAACAUCAUGCAGAGGCUGAGCGAUGGGCGUGACCUGGUCAGCUUGGGCCAGGUGGCCCCUGAGCUGCACGUGCUCAGCGAGGACCGGCUGCUGUGGAAGAGACUCUGCCAGUACCAUUUCUCCGAGCGGCAGAUCCGUAAGCGAUUAAUUGUGUCAGACAAAGGGCAGCUGGAUUGGAAGAAGAUGUAUUUCAAGCUUAUCCGAUGUUACCCAAGGAAAGAGCAGUAUGAAGACACUCUCCAGCUUUGCAGACAUUGUCACAUCCUCUCCUGGAAGGGCACUGACCAUCCAUGCACAGCCAACAACCCAGAGAGCUGCUCCGUUUCCCUUUCACCCCAGGACUUUAUCAACUUGUUCAAGUUCUGAUCCCAGCACGUGUUGGCGCUUCACAGGGGCCCUGCUGGCUGGAUGGCUAGGAGCACAGAGCUUGGACACUUCAUUUGUAAACAGUGUACAUGCGAAACAUUGGCAUGAGACUUCUGAGAUUAGUCACCGAGGACGCUGGAGGGAACGGUGCAUUUGCCAACAGGAAUUUAAGAAUGUUAAUUUCACAACUGGCAUGGAAAAGCAGAAAUACUGUAAAUAAACUUUUCCUAACAAUUUACCAGGAAGACUAUAAGGGCAAGAAUUCUAUGUCAACCAUGAAAAUGGAAUUCUCUCAAAGUUCACAGAAACUCCUUUAUAGCUGUUCCCUAGGAAGAAAUAGGCAAAACUCAAAUACAAGGUAGAACGCUCUUUGUUUACAAUGUGAAAAUUUGUUUAGACAAAAAACAAGAAGAAAGAAAGACAAACUACAUAUGAGAAGUUCCUGGGCUUUUGGUUUUGAUUGUGUGUGUGCUGAAAAGGCAAAGAAAUAGCACCCUGCUGAAGUGCACAGCGAAGGCCUCGUCCCAUGAAGAUGCCACACAAUGGUCUACCUCUCACAGCAUAGAGUGCUCUCCGACAGUGUGCAUUACCCAGUAGGCAGUGUCUGUGUUUCUUGUAAGUUUAUCACUAUAAAAAGUGAUUUAAAAUGGAAAGGAUAUUGGAAGCAAUCUUCAUCUUGUUUCAGACUUCCUUUUUAGGCAAAGGGGGCCCUGUUUGGAGUUUGAUCCUUCCUAAAACAGUCUGACAAGUGUAUGUGCCUUUUUUUCCUUUCUUGUUGGAGCUCAUUUGGGAAAACAGAAGGCUGAUUAAGAACAGUUCUGGAGAAGUCCAUACUGCAGAAAACAGAAUGAGGCAACUCAGAUGUGAGGACCUCCUUCUUCCAGUCUGACUUCCAGGCUUUCCUGGCUUCCUUGGGCAUCUUCACGGAUAAGCAGUAUCUGUGAACUGACUGGAGCCCAGUGCUGAGGCUGGUGAGGCGGGCUUUUCAUUUUGGAAAUAAAACAUUUUGCCAGCUGCUGUUCCCCUUGGCAGGGUGAAGAACUGAGGAGCUUGCUUUUAAGUCCGACAUUAAAAAUGAGUCAACAUGAGCUAGGGCCUUUUGCAAGGGUGAUUAAAAACAAAGCCUGCAGUUCAGGUCAGAGAGGUAAGAUAAAUGAGUUCAUCUUAAAACUUGCUUCAGGGCUGGAUAGUUAAGAAGGACAGACUUAAAACAUGCAGAUCCCAGGGGAUCAUGUGAGGCAAAUUUUAGCAGAUCACUGUGGAAGAAAGGAAAUCUCAGGAUCUAAUGAGUUAAUUAUCAGCUAUUCCUGGAAGAGGGUGGGAAUGUUUUUAUGUUUUUUCACUUUUUAUAGACUUGCUUUUCUACAACAAUGUACACAGAUUUGCAGUUGUAUUUGGUUUAUGUCCCCAGAGUUUCCACCCUGCAUGCCUUUGGCAUGAAAUAGGAACCUGGUGUUGCAUUCACUUUGUACCCUAAGCCCUGACCUGGGAGGUGCCCCUGGGCAGGAGAGAAAGAGGGCUGAGCAUGUGCAGAAACAAAGAGGGAGCCAGUGGUACGCAGUCCCCCAGGACCCUAACAACACCCCAGGUCAGCAUUCUGAGGAGAAGCACGCUUCUCCAGGCUCCUCACUUCGCAGUAUUUGUGCAGGAUUUCUCGGUGUUUCUUUCAUGACCAUUCCCCUGAGAAGGAAAAAAACCAAACUGAGUUUAAAUUGUCCCUAAUGAGAAAAAUGAAAUGUGAAUAGUUUUUGUUUUACAAGGUUGAGUUUGGAAGGCCACAAACCAUUGUCAUAGCUAAGAAGCUUGUGUGGUUUUUUUUUUUUGGUUUUUCUCCUGACUCAGUUUUAUGUUGAGAAUUCAGGGCAUAGACUAUUAAAUAGAAAGCUACUUUUAUAAUUUUCAGAUUUUCUCAAAUACUUCUCAACAGUACAUAACAGAGCUGGGUCUGCCAUUGCCAUGGAAGGCUCUGGAAGCUUUUAGGUUUAGGGAUUCGUGGGCUUUCACAUUUUCCCACCAACUCAUGACCUCUGCUCCCCUGUGCUGCUCAGGGGAUGCAGGGUCCAUAUGGUAGCACCUCUGGGUUCACAGGCCCGGAAGCCUUGCUGCUUUGGGCUGUCAGCACAAAGCCACUGGCAAACCAGCCGCAGAGUGUGAGCAGCAAACACAUUUCACAUCACACCCGCCACCCAGCAACAACCUGCAUCUUUGCAAAAUGACCCCACCCCAAGAGAUAGAGGCACAGUUUUCUGAAAUAUCUACCAAGAUGGUGUCUGCAGAUUCUCCCCGUAUUCUUUGGUAUUAGUGGAUGUGAUAUGUGAAAGAGUCAAGGAAAUUUUCUAAGGAUGAAAAAGAAGAAACCAACAUUUGUAGGUCUCUUUCAUUGGAAGAGGAGCAUAAGGAAGAAAAUGGCAGGUGGAGAUGGAGAGGGAACGGAACAUUAUGGUUUGGGUGGGGAGGUGGAGAAAGCAGAGCAGGCAGAGUGUGUGUUUAGCUGUGUGGUGUCCAUGCGGCAUGGCCAAAGCCUCAUAUCUAAGUAUAUGUAAGCACAGUGAGUUAACAAGGUUCUUGCUCACAGGGCACUAACAACCUACCGAAUUCUUCCUAUUGGCAAACCCAUGCAGGACAUCCGGGCCUAAAAAACAAAAAUAAAGAGGUCCUGGGGCCUGAGAUUUAGCUCAAUGGUUCCAGCACAUGCCUUGCAAGCACGAGGUCCCAAGUUCAAUCCCCAUUACCAAAAAUAAAUAAAUAAACCAAAAAAAUAAAAAACCAAGAAGUCCUAUCUCAGAACAAGAAGUGUAAAAGUGAGCUAGGGCAUGACGGCGGAAAUUGCUGAAGAGGGAGAAUGCCGUACCCUUUACUUUACCGGCCUAGCCCCAUCUUACACCAGUGAAGCAGAACCAGCAGUUAGUGUCCAUUGUGCUGGAACUUGCACUCCCAGAGAAAGGGUUCUGACCAAGCUGUGUGCGCAAAUCCAAGAGACGCUACAAUUUGGCCCAGCUCAAAGGCUCACAGGAAGUAAGUGUGAAGUCUCUUCAGACAAAUGCCCACCAUUUGUGGAAAGGAGAAUAUAUAAAGUUUAGAAGAGCUCACUUUAUGGCAAGAUCCAGCAAAAAACUCCAAUGAUAUUUUAAAUGAGAUUGUAACAUCACCCCAAUGCUGUUGCUAUUAGCAAAUGAAACAGUUGAAUGGGUGAUAAAAAGGAAAAAGUUACCAGGUCAAAAAUUCCCCAGUGGUGAGCUGAUACUUGACAGUGAUAAUUUCAUAGCGAAGUGACUUGAGGGAGUUAGCUUUCUUUUUGGUACCAGGGAUCAAACUUGGAUCCUUGCACUUGCGAGGCAGGCAUCAGAACCACUGAGCUAAAUCCCCGGCCUUGAAGGAGUUAGUUUUUAUGCUGCAAAAAUCUCAACAGGAGUAGAUUCCACUCAGAGCUAUGAAGUAAGACAGUGGGUUUGUAUCGUGUUACUGCCACAGUGCUCAUCUUUUGGGGGCCGCGAAGCUUCUCAUGGGAGCUGGCAUCGUUUUUGUACAGAACAGAAAGAGCUUGAAAUUUCUUUUGUGUAAGCCAGUUGUCAGAUUUACAAGGAAUUUAAAUGAUUGGAAGAGAUGUUCAGCAGUGUAUCUGUCUUAACAUUUGAUACAGGGUUUAUUAUAAAAGAAGCCCCUGAGUUUAUAUUUUUUUCUUCCAGGCUAUAGGAUAAUAACUUCUUGCUAUGCAAACACUCUGUAUUUUAUGUGUGAAAUUUUUAACUGAUUUUAUGUGUGCCUUUUUUAACUAAACUCUGCCAUCGUUUUCUAUGUUGACAUCGGUUGAGGGGUUUUAAAAUCUGUUUCCAGCUAUUCGUAUCUGUCAGCCACCUCGUCUGACUGGAUGCUGGCCUGAAGUGCUGUUAGUACUUACACGGGCCUCAGAAGUACCCUGACCUCUAGCCACAGGCAGAGAAACCGCUCUUGAAGACACCCUGGGCCUUUGAUGGUUCCAGCAAACAAGGUCAUAACUCCUUUAAACUUGAUUUUUGGGGGUAGGUGUGUUCUCUGUUUGGUCAGGAGGGUGAAACAGCUGUGGUUUUCCAACUGGAGGAAACUUCUACCCCUGACUGCAGGCCAGGAAGGGUGGUCAGAGAGGGUAGAACCUGACACUGCCCUCACACGAGAUGGGGACGUGUCUCUAGUGUUGGGGCGUGCCUCGGCCCCACUGGUCCAGAGUGGCAGAGUGAAUGGGAAACUGGGGCGUCUUGAGCCCCCAUAUUGUCGCCCAUCACCGAGUACCUUGUGGCAGGCUGCGGACAGGCCAGGUUGUGCUCCUGCGGUUCUUCUCAGGGUCCUCACUGUGGUGGGCUGCCUCAUGGUGGAGAUCUGGCCAUUACGCCUGAUUCUCACCGAGUCAGGAACCACUUAACCCUUGUACAUCUGUGACUCUGCCGUGAGCACAGCGUUCUGGUGAGUACACCUGGCGUGCUAACAUACACAGCAUAUUUAGACGAACUCAUUUUUCCCUUGGGUACUCAAUCACAAAGGUGGCCCUUAUUUUAAAAGGUAAGAGCUGAGCAGUGCUUGUUUUCUGGAAACGGAGGUUCUGAUGAUACCCAGCAGCAGCUCCUGUCUGCCUGGACUGAGGUACACACUCCAUCCAUCCUGUCUCCUCCAUCACCACCUGAGCUUCGAGACUGCAGUGGACAUUCUCUGCCCAGCCUCGUCUUCACCAAGCAAUGAGUCUACCCCAUGAGGCUGCACUGUGACUUUGUCCGCUGCCGUUUUUCAAAGUGUCCUUGGCCUCAACAAAUUUCUCAAAACUGAGGCCCUGCUCCAUUUGGCAAAAAAAUGGGUGGCUGCUCCAAACUGCACUUCUUGAAGCUCCGUCUGCUACAUUAUUUUUGGAGUUUGACUUUUCUUGUCUUUGAGUGUAGCUGUGUUUAGUUAGUGAUGCACAAAUCUGUUAAACAGAAAGCUCCAGUCCCUUCUCUGAGCUGAGAACCUUUGGCACCACCUUUACCCCACCCAGUGCCAGUCACCUGGCUAAAGGGCAUGUAUAUUACAGUCCAUGCCCUAAGCUUAGAGGCUUUAAUGUACGAACUAUUACAGGAUUGAACAUCGUACCUGAAAGUAUAAGAUUAGACCAAUUACAUGCAGAGAUGUGUAUUUAAUACUGUGUGAGCUAGUCCUGUAUAAAUUAUUUGCACACUUUUCUUGCAUGAUGAACUGAUUUUUACAGUUGUUUGUACCAGACAGUGGCAUAUUUUUGUAAAAAUUUUUUGACACUGAAUUGCAAUAAAUGUUUUUCCAACAACACA